AGGAGGGUUUAACAGAGUGUCCGAGGAUAUUUUACUAUGUUCAAUCUGAAAGAGUAACGCUAGACGGGAAUAUGUCGCAUAACGUUGCGAGAGCGGGGUUGUUGGAUUUCAGUCCAACGUUUCAUGCUCCUUCUCACAGAAGCGGUGAUAAAGCCAACAAGGAAAACGAGGCGUCUGUUCCAGUCCUCAGCCUGGUUCAGUUCUCCAGGUCUCCUUUCGUGGCGUUUGGCACGAUAAAGUUAGGCUCAUCGAAAUCUCUGCUUUUACGCAUCGAAAACCCGUGCGAGGACGCUGUUACGACAGUAACGGUGGAUAAGAUUUCAUCGUCCAAAGGCUUCUCGGUGGAUCAAACCUCCUUCACGAUCCAACCUGAAGACAGUGUCAUUAUAACUAUAACAUGGACACCUGUGGAAGAAGGUGGUGUGAGAGAGCUACUCAGCUUUGUUGCCAAUGGCAUUGUGAAACAUCAAGCAAUUUUGCUUGGAAAAGCAGAGGCUACAAAAAAGAAAAAGAAAAGUCUAUGGGACUCAAUCAAAUCCAAGAGAAACAUUUCUACAGUCUCAAAAGGUGUCAAGGAGGGUUCCAUGCCAAUAAAGGCAGCCAACAAGACGUUUCAUGUGUCUCGACAGCCACAGUACAGAAGAAACAGAGGAUCAAACCCACUGUCACCCUUAAAUCAGGAGAGGUCUUCUCGCAGAUCCAGCGGCAGCAAAGAUAGAAAUGGCCUGUCUGUUUGUCCGCAGAUUCCUCAAGAUUUACCUAAAUCUGUUCAGGCUAACUUGGAAAACCUGCCCCUUCAUAAAAACUCUCCUAUUGUUAUUUUGGUUCCAGCUGAUAAAAUUCUUGACACUUCGGAUAAGACCGAUAGCUCCCGUUUGCCUCUACCUAAAGAAGUCAGAAUGCUAAAUAAGACACUCUCCCCUAUUAGCACUCCAGAGAGGUUUUCCAAUCCCCUGACGUCCCACUUUCAGAGUCCACUUCCUGUCAUUGGUAAAAUAGUAAAUGAUGGAAGCCAAGAACCAAGAACACCAACAUUGUCAGUGAAGGAUGCUUUAGCUGUCAUUGAAUCUGAUCUGACUCAUGCUGUUAGCCCACCAAACGCUUGCUCGAGCUUUAACCUCUCUGAUUCUCUGGAGUCCGAACACUUAAACACAGGCUGUGAAGGUGAAGCUGCAACAAGAGCAGUUGAGAAUGUUCCCCCACAGGUUGAUGGUGCACAGCCAAGGCUAACCUUCUUUGUCAAAUCUAACAAAAUCCUGGAUGACAAGUCAGGUAAUGAUGUCCUCAUGGACAGCACUGCUGUUUAUUCAUCCACAGUUAUCAAAUCUUACAACAGGUUAGAUGAUGAACAGCAUCAGAAAGGCACCAAAUCCAAGAAGACACUUUUUAGUUCUGCUACAGUCACCAAAGCCAAAGCGGAGGCCAUUGUUGAGCCCAGUCCUGGAACCCGCAAAAUAAGAACUUCCCGACGUAGACUAUUGGAGAAAACGCCUUCACUUUCAGAUCCUAGUAACGUGGAGUCAAACACAGUCUUUUGUCAAGGGGUCUCUGCUCUACCGGUCAUCAACUGUGACGCAGAUGUUGAAUUCAAAUUUAUAGUGACUUCACCACAGGUGUCACCACAGCGUCUGAUGACGCAGCAACCAGCCCUCCAAGAUCGGUCUGCCUCCACUUUCUCUGUACCACUUCAGCCAGUGUCUGUUACUGAUGCUAACCUUAAUCCUACAGUUCCAGAGGACAGACCCAUGUCUGAGAUGUUACCAUCCUGUGUGUCUGUGAACUCAUUUCCUGUGCACAGUCAGGUAUCAAAACAGAAUAAAAAGAGAAAAAGUGAAGAAUUUUCAAGAGACUGUUCAGAUGUACCAAAAUCCUUCCAAGUCCAAAAAGGCUGUUCUGUAGCCCAGGAAUCCAAGAAACCAUGCCCGGAGAAGAGGUUCAGUGCAAGGUCUGGAUGCAAACCAACUGCACCACCAGCCUCAAGAAAGUCCACAAAAGUACCCCCAAAAAAGUCAUGCCCAAAGUCAAUGCAACAGGGAGGACAGUCAUUGAAGUCAUUCAGCACCUCCUCGGUAAAAACAUCAAAGGUUAUAGCUGUGGCACAGGCCCGACUUAACUUCAUAAAGCCAGCACAGACAGCCAUACCGAGGCAUCCUAUGCCAUUUGCUGCCAAGAACAUGUUUUAUGAUGAGCGAUGGCUUGAAAAGCAGGAAAGAGGGUUCACGUGGUGGAUGAAUUAUGUUCUCACUCCAGAUGACUUCAAAGUUACCACGGAAGUCGCCAAAGUGAAUGCCUUAUCUCUGACUAUGGGAGAAGAGAAGUUUAACAUACCCAAAGCACCAACCAAGGAGGAGAUGUCCUUCAAAACCUACACAGCUCGUCGGCGCCUGAACCGUCUUCGCCGCGCAGCCUGCCAGCUGUUCACAUCCGACAGCAUGGUGAAGGCCAUCCAGCGCCUAGAGCUGGAAGUAGAGGCCAAGAGACUUCUCGUACGCAAGGAUCGUCACCUCUGGAAGGAUAUAGGUGAAAGACAGAAACUUUUAAAUUGGCUUCUGUCCUACAAUCCGCUGUGGCUCCGAAUCGGCCUGGAGACGAUCUUUGGAGAAUUGAUUCCCCUGGAGAGCAACAGUGAUGUCAUGGGCCUGGCUAUGUUCGUACUCGGCCGGCUGCUUUGGAAUCCAGAUAUUGCUACAGAGUUCAGACACCCCAAAGUUCCCCACUUGUACAGAGAUGGGCACGAUGAGGCUCUGUCCCGCUUCACACUUAAGAAACUGCUCUUGCUUGUGUGCUUUUUGGACAAGGCCAAGGAGUCCAGACUGAUUGAGCAUGACCCAUGUUUGUUCUGCAUGGAUGCUGAAUUUAAGCAAACUAAGGAUUUGCUUCUGGCAUUUGCACGGGACUUCCUCAGUGGGGAGGGCAUUCUCUCUCGCCAUCUCAAUCUUUUAGGCCUCCCUGUGUCACAUGUCCAGACCCCCCUGGCUGAGUUCAGUUUUGCUGUGCAGAAUCUUGCUGUCGAUCUGAGAUGUGGAAUCCGCUUGGUACGCAUCAUGGAACUCUUCACUCAAGACUGGUCUCUGUCGAGUAAACUGCGGAUGCCAGCUAUUAGCCGUCUUCAGAAAGUGCAUAAUGUUGACAUUGCACUGCAAGUGCUCAAAGAAAAAGGGGUCAGCUUGAAAGAUGAGCAUGGGACCGUGAUUGACUCCAGAGACAUUGUAGAUGGACAUAGGGAGAAGACCCUAAACCUUCUUUGGAAAAUCAUCUUCACUUUUCAGGUAGAGGUUCUGCUUGAUGAGGUGCAACUCAAAGAUGAAAUCAGCUUCCUCAAGAAAACCUGGAGGACAAAGCAGAAGCUGGCUUUGUUGAAGGCUGACAAAUGUGCUGUGAUGAGCUCAAAAGGAAGUCCAAGAUUUGAACAGCCCACUGAGAAACUAACUCUGCUAAUGGACUGGGUCAAUGCUGUUUGUGACUUCUACAAUUUAAAGGCUGAGAACCUCACAGUGUCAUUCUCUGAUGGUAGAGUUCUUUGCUAUCUCAUUCAUCACUACCAUCCAAACUACCUGGUAGCUGAGAGUAUUCACCAGAAAACGACACAGACUAUUGAGUGUGACCUUCGUGGCAAGGUGGAGCUAAACAACUCCUCCAGUGACUCUGACUGCUCUUUUGACUCCUUGGAGCAAAAAGGCCCAGGAUCACCACCCGUAGAUUUCAGGCAGCUCCUUGAGAAUGAGAAGAGUAAUUUUCAGCUGGUGAACAAAGCUGUAUCUUACCUUGGAGGAGUCCCCGCCAUGAUCUCUCCAGAGGAUAUGUCUAACACAAUCCCAAAUGAAAAGGUGGUUACCUGUUACCUGUCCUUCCUUUGUGCUCGACUUUUGGAUCUCCGGAAUGAGACUAGAGCAGCCAGAGUUAUCCAGAGUGCAUGGAGGAGGUAUAAGCUGCAGAAGGACAUCCAGCUUAACCAGCAAAGGAACCUGGCUGCAUGUAAAAUUCAGGCUCUGGUGCGGAGCUUUAUACAGAAGAGGAGGGUAAAAAGGCACAAUAGGGCUGCAACUACCAUUCAGGCUUUCUGGAGAGGUUUCUCUGCCCAAAAAGAGCUGAGAAGGUUGAAAGAGGCAAAGCACUUUGCCAUCCAGAACAGAGCUGCAGUCUUAAUCCAGAAAACAUACAGAGGAUGGAGGACUCGAACAUUCUUAAAGAAGAAUCACGCCUGUGUUAUCAUCCAAACAGCCUUUCGAAACUGGCUUGCAAGAAAAAUUGCACGGAGAAAUGCUGCUGCUUUGAGGAUACAGACAUGGUACAGAAUGCAAAGAUGUCAAAGACAGUACAUGGCCAUUAAGUCUGUAGCCAUCUGCAUUCAGGCGUGGUUCAGGGGUAACUACCUAAGGCGCAGGUUUCAAACUUUAAAGAAACAGCAUCAAUCCGCUGUUGUCAUCCAGAGUGCUUUCAGGGCCUCACUUGUCCGAAAACAGAUUCGUCGGAUGAGGCAAUCUGCAGUCAUCAUUCAGAGAUGGUAUCAGGCCUGCUUGCAAAGGAAUGCAGAGCGGAGGCGAUAUCUAGAAAUUAAAUCUGCGACAGUAACUCUUCAGGCGGCAUUUAGAGGAUGGAAGGCCCGUACAGAAAUGGCACAGCGCCAUCAGGCUGCUCUUAUGAUCCAGACUGCUUACAGAAGAUUUGUGGCUCAACGAUUUUUCUUGUCUUUGAAACGUUCAGUUGUGAUUGUCCAACAGAGGUACAGGGCUAAAGUAUUUGGAGACAAGUUAAGAAAGGAGUACCAGACUCUCAAACAUGCUGCUGUGAAAGCUCAAGCAUUGUGGAGAGGGAGAGCAGAGAGAAAGAGGAUUAACCAACUUCAUCAGUGUGCUACUGUGAUCCAGUCACACUAUCGUAGAUAUGUGAUGCAGAGACAGUUUGUAGCUUUGAAGCACGCUGCUUUAGUCAUUCAAAGACGAUACAAGGCCUUCAGGGUAGGAAAGAAAAUCCAGUCUGAUUUUUUGGCAAUGAAGAAGGCUGUAACUGUGAUUCAGAGUGCAUAUCGUGGCAUGAAAUCUAGGUGUGAGUUGGUCAAGAAACACAAAGCAGCCACUUUGAUUCAGAAAUUCACGAGAGCCUUUAUGUGCCGUAAGGAAUUUUUAGCUCAAAAAUGUGCUGCCGUAAUCAUUCAGCAGCACUACAGGGCACAUAUCCUGAGGCGUUCAGAAAGGGACUGUUAUGUUCAGCUCAGACAAGCAACAGUAAGCCUACAGGCCAUAUAUCGAGGCUCUAGAGUGAGAAGAGAACUGAAGAAAAAGCAGCAAGCUGCUACAGUCAUUCAGGCAUGUUUUAGGAUGUAUAAGGCACGAAUGUCCUAUAUGGCCACCAAGUGUGCCGCCAUAAUCAUACAGCAACGUUACAGAGCACAUGUCUAUGGAAAGCGCACCCGUGCAUCUUAUCUAAGAAUGAAAACUGCCAUUGUAACUAUACAGUCUGGGUUCAGAGGAAUGAAAGUUCGCCGUGAUCUUCAAAAAAUGCGUCUAGCAGCAACAACCAUUCAGGCUCGUUUCCGGGGACACUCACAACGUGUGAAAUACAGGAGACAAAAAUGGGCAGCAUGUGUCAUACAACGACGGUUUCGAGCCGUCCAGAUGAAGAACGCUGUUGAGAAACAGUAUACAGCAAUGAAAAAAGCAGCUCUGUGUAUCCAGUCAGCAUAUCGUGGCAUGAGAACUAGGCGUGAGUUGUUCAAGAAACACACAGCAGCUACUUUGAUUCAGACAUAUGUGAGAGCCUUUUUGUGCCGUAAGAAAUUUUUGGCUCAAAAAAGCGCCGCCAUUAUCAUUCAGCAGCAUUACCGGGCACAUAUCCUGAGGUGUUCAGAAAGGGACUGUUAUGUUCAGCUCAGACAAGCUACAGUAAGCCUACAGGCCAUAUAUCGAGGCUCUAGAGUGAGAAGAGAACUGAAGAAAAAGCAGCAAGCUGCUACAGUCAUUCAGGCAUGUUUUAGGAUGUAUAAGGCACGAAUGUCCUAUCUGGCCACCAAGUGUGCCGCCAUAAUCAUACAGCAACGUUACAGAGCACAUGUCUAUGCAAAGCGCACCCGUGCAUCUUAUCUAAGAAUGAAAACUGCCAUUGUAACUAUACAGUCUGGGUUCAGAGGAAUGAAAGUUCGCCGUGAUCUUCAAAAAAUGCGCCUAGCAGCAACAACCAUUCAGGCUCGUUUCCGGGGACACUCACAACGUGUGAAAUACAGGAGACAAAAAUGGGCAGCAUAUGUCAUACAACGACGGUUUCGAGCCAACAAGAUGAAGAACGCUGUUGAGAAACAGUAUACAGCAAUGAAAAAAGCAGCUCUGUGUAUCCAGUCAGCAUAUCGUGGAAUAAGGACGAGGAAACAGAUUGCAGAGAUGCAUAUGGCUGCAAGAGUUAUCCAACAGCGAUACAGAGUUUAUAAGCAGUAUAAUAACUAUCAGACUCUUAAACAAGCAACCAUCAUCAUACAGAGAAAGUACAGGGUUAAACUUUUGGGGAAACAUCAGCGUGAGAGGUACCGCACCAUGCAAAAAGCAGCCAUUUCCCUGCAGGCUGCAUAUAGAGGGAUGAGUGUCAGAAGAGAGUUCCAAAAGAGACAUGAAGCAGCCACAGUUAUACAGGCAUGGUACCGAAUGUACAGAGUAAGAAUGGCCUUCCAAGCCAUGAGGCUUGCUGCGGUCCUCGUCCAGAGACAAUACAGAUGUCAUUUGAAAAGAAAAGAAGCAAGAAAAAGCUUUUUAAAGCUGCGUCACAGUGCCGUAGUUAUCCAGUCUGUUUUUAGAGGGAACCGGACAAGGCGUGAAAUCGCAAAGUUGCAUUCCGCAGCCGCAGUGAUUCAAAGGAGGUACAUGGCUUACAAAGAAAGGAAAAGCUUCUUGUCCAUCAAAACUACAGUUGAGCUUUGUCAACGAAAGUGGCGGGCCGUUCUGGCUGCAAGGCGAGAAAGGAAAGUAUACCUUGCAAAGCACAAUGCUGUGAUUGCAAUUCAGGCAGCUUGCAGAGGAAUCAAGGUUCGGAGGCAAAUGCGAAUGGAGCGUGAAGCUGCAAUAACCAUUCAGUCCCACUUUAGGAAGCUCAUAAGCAAAAGAUACUACCAGAAGCUACUGUGGGCAACCAGGACUGUUCAGCAACGUUUCCGGGCUCGUAAACUGAUGAAGCAAGAUGUGGAGUCCUUUAAGGAGAAGAAGAGGGCUGCUGUUGUUCUGCAGGCCGCAUUCCGUGGUAUGAAGGCUAGGCAGGCUUUGAAGCUAAAGCAUCAGGCUGCCAUUGUCCUACAAAGCGCUUACAGGGCUCACUGUGCUCAAACUCGGUAUUUGUGCAUGAAAUAUGCAGCUAUAGCCAUUCAGCAAAGAUAUCGCUCCAUGCUUGCUGCCAGAAAGCAGAGACAGGACUUUUUGAAGUUGCGCUAUGCUGCCAUUUCCCUGCAAGCCCACUUCAGGGGUCAGAAAGUCAGGAGGGAGAUUAUUCAGAAACAUCAAGCAGCUAUGCUGAUUCAGGCUUCUUUCAGAAAACAUAGGGAGGUAACAAAGUACCAAGCCAUGAGGCUGUCUGCUAUCAUCCUACAGAGACAUUACAGGUCCUUUGUUGAGGCUAAAGUUGACCGCGAGAAAUAUCUAAUGGUGAGAAAGUCAGUCAUACUAAUCCAGGCAGCAUUUAGGGGGUACACUGUUCGACGGACUGUUGCAGAAAUGAAUAAAGCUGCCACCAUCAUUCAGGCAGUGUUUAGAAUGCACAAGCAACGAUCAGCCUUUAAGAGGCAGUACUGGGCGGCAAGUGUUGUCCAGAAGAGGUUCAGAGCAUGGAAGCUUGGACGUCAGCAAAGGCAGAGGUACCAGCGAUUAAAGGAUGCAGCUAUAUGCUUGCAGAAGUCAUUUAGAGGCAAGCAGGCAAGGGACCUGACGAAACGGAUCAAAGCUGCAAGGACAGUCCAGUCGUACUUAAGGAUGUCUAUCCAAAGACGACGCUACUUGAAGACGAGGGCUGCAAUUGUGUUGAUUCAGUCUGCUUAUAGGAGACAUUGUUGUAGGAUACAGUAUGCCAGGAUGAGAAAUUGUGCAGUGCUAAUUCAGCAGUGGUAUAGAUCAUGUAAACUAGUUCAAAAACAGCGAAAUGACUUCAAAGCGGUUCAGAAAGCCACAUUGACUUUGCAGUGCGCUUUGCGAGGAAUGUUUUCAAGGCGACUAGCAAAAAGAAGACAUGCUGCUGUCAAGAUUCAGUCUGUUUUGCGCAUGCAUGUGCAUCGCAGCUGCUACGUGAAACUUCGUUCAUGUACUGUGAUGCUUCAAGCUUUUUACCGAAUGCAUACAGCCAGGAGAACUUAUCUGAGAUGGCAGACUGCUGCUGUUGCUGUACAGACAUUCUACAGGGCCUACAGAGCAAAACUGGAACAGAGACAGCGUUAUCUAAGGACACUGGAAAGCGUUAGGACCCUUCAAGCUCAUGUUCGUGGCUUCAUUGAAUACAGACGAUUCCAAAAAAUGAAAGCAAGUGCAGUCACAAUUCAGGCUUUUUACAGAGGAAUGAUUGAAAGACGCAAGUUUCAGCACCUCAAGACGGCUGUACAUGUUAUUCAGAGUCGUUACAGAGCUUACCAGCUUUGCCAAAGAGAGAGGACGCAGUUCCUCAGACUGAGGAGGUCUGUAAUUCUUAUACAGGCAGGUUUUCAUGCCUACCAAACAAGAAAACUCAGAGGACAGACACUAGCUGCACUAAAAAUUCAAGCCUGGUUCAGAGGAUGCCAAGCUAGACGUGACUUCAUCUCAAAACAAACUGCCAUAGCGUUUAUCCAUCGGUGUCUUCGAACAAGACUUCAGCGAGCCAGAUUUCAGGCAAUCCAGCGCAGUGUCCGAGUCAUUCAACGAAGAUGGAGGAAAACUCUGAUUGCGAGGAAACAGCGAGCCGACUUCCUCACAAUCAGAAAGUCAGCUGUUGAUAUACAGGCCUUGUGGAGAGGGUAUAGGGUCAGAAAGUCUCUUCAAAAGAAAAGAAAUGCAGCCGUGGUGAUUCAGUCCGCUUUCAGAAGCUACAGACAACGAAAGACAUUCAUGCAAAAGAAAGCUGUGGUCCUGAAGCUCCAGCGCCGUUUCAGAGUGUUACAGCUUGCCAAAGCUGAGAAGGAGCAUCGUCGCAGGAGAAAUGCUGCUGCUGUUACUAUCCAGGCUUUUUGCCGUGGUUGGCUCACAAGGCAACAGGUAAAGGAAGCUGCUCGUGCUGUGAGGCGACAGCGUUUUAUUGCUGCUGCUUACCAUCAUCUGUGUGCAGUGAGGAUCCAGAGAGCUCUCCGAGCACAUUGGGCACUGAAAGCAGCCAAGAAGCAGAUCUCUUCAGUCGUUUAUAUCCAGCGAUGGUUCAGGGCCAAACUCCACAGGAAGAGAUAUCUGGAGCAAAGACAGAAGAUCAUCAUGGUGCAGAGAGCAGUUAAGGUUUGGUUAGGUUAUCGCAAUCAAGCUGCUACUGUUAUCCAACGUGCCGCCAAAUGUUUCCUUCUGAGACGUAGGAAAGAAAGACAGCGGCAAGGAGUCAUAAAGUUGCUGGCCCUUUGGAGAGGUCAUUGCUCAAGAAAGCUUCAUGAUACAAAGAAAAUCAUUUCCAUCAGACAUCGCUUAAGGAAAGUCAACAGGGAGGCCAAGGAAGAAGACAAACUGUGUAACAAGACCGCAACUGCCUUGAGUUACCUGCUUGGAUAUCAAAAUUAUGCCUACAUUCUUGCUGCUUUAAAGCAUUUGGAAACUGCAACCCGACUUUCACCAGAGUGCUGUGAGCAUCUUGUGGAAAGUGGAGCAACACACACCAUUUUCACCUUGAUAAGAAGCUGCAACCGGAGUGUGCCAUCCAUGGAGAUCAUCACCUUAGCAACCCAAGUUCUUCUCAAUUUAUCCAAAUACAACAAAACCAUAGAGGCUGUUUAUGAAGUCCCGGACUCUGUGGACACACUCUUGGAUCUGCUCCAGAUCUACAGAGAGAAGGCAGGGGAUAAGGUUGCAGACAAAGGGGGCAGCAUCUUUACCAAAGCAUGCUUCCUUUUGGUCAUUUUGGUACAGGAUCAAGAGCGGGCAAUGGGGGUGAAAAAGCUUCCCAAGGCUUCUGAACGCAUUAGCAGCAUCUACCGGCUUACGCUGCGAAAGUACAAAAUGGAUGCUCAGAGAACCCAAAUAAAGCAGAGGAUGAAUGUCUCGCUGAAUGGAAGCUUCCUUCCUCCACCCACUCCUCAGAAAUCCAAGCCAGUGGCCAGAUUCGCACCGGACUGGGUUCUUCACAAAGGGAAGAUGAAAGAUAUUGUCGAUCCUCUUGGUGCCAUCCAGAUGUUGGUCAAAGCUCUUGCCCUCAUGCCUUAAGAAUGCAGAUGUGUGUGUAUAUAUGGUGUAUAUAUUAUUUUAACAUUUUAUAUUUUGCAUAACAAAGUAAUUGUGUACAUACUUUGUAAAAAAUAAUGCUUUAUAUUUUUUGCUUUUUCCUUUCCAAAAAGUUAUUUUCAGUUCUAGGCUUUGAAGAUGAUGCUAUUACAUUCAGAUUUUGAAUUUGACAGUGAGAACAAAGCCAUAAAAUUAAUAGUGGAUGAUGAUGACCCAAUAAAAAUUCUUUGCUAAGCAGUUAUUUUUGUUUAUUCACUGUUGACAUGAGAUGAAGCAUUAUUUGAUUUAGGGGCAAUGGCUCAUAUCUUAUGUGAUCUUAAAAAGCUCAUUUGCCGUGUUGGUGGGGGCUUGGUGCAGGACAUGUUAGUCAUGGGAUUACAAUUUUCUGUAAUGACUUGUAUUGCAUUGUGUAUUGCAUUCCAUGGUGGGUUCUUUUGUGUGCUAAUUAUGCAAGAAGUAUCUGAAAUUCCUCUGGUCAUAUUAUCCAUCCCUGUCUUUCUGUGUAAUUUGCACUAUAUAUACACAGGAAACAUCUUUUCCACCACUACCUUUGAGCCUCACCUAGAAAGACUCUUCUUUCAGGAACAGCUCUGUAAGCUUUGCCUUUUAUUCCUAAUGAUGUUAUUUUGAGGCAGCUGGACCAUUUUAGGUGCUUGUUUGUUUUUGUUUUUUUUUUUGUUUGUUUGUUUGUUUGUUUUUUUCCAACAUCACCCUUUCAUAUAACUGGUGGCUGUGCCUUGUUUAAAGGUGAGAGAUUAGUAGCGGGCCUAAAUUAUGUUUACU